AUGAUUGAAGGCAUGAAGGAGAUUAUAGGAGAAGAUGAGGAGGAUACUAUAUUUGAAAGAGGAAAAGUCACGAGAGACAUAGACUGA